GGAAUUCAGAGGUUAAAACACGAGAGUUUUUCCGAAAUGAAGAACGGAAUUAGCUUUUUGAAGUCGAUUUUACUGUUUCUAUCACUCUCAUCAGAGCUAGCUAGCUCCAAAUUGCACGGAAACCCAGCUCAUGAAAUGGUGGGGGUCUUGAACCAGAACAGAACAGCUCUGAAACUCGGCAAACUAAAUGAGAGUCCUGGUCUUGGCUGCAUGGCCCUCCAGUAUGUUGAGCUCUGCGAGGGGAAUUGCAAUGUCAACAACACUCUCAGCUGUGACCCCCCUGAAGACGACUUCACUCAGGUGUUUGCCCCAAACUGUGGUGUAGAACUCCCCACUUUAGGUACCAUAACUGGCCAUAUCCUCGGCUGCAGCUCUAAGUAUGCAGCCCCAGAAGUCGCUUUCUCAGACAUUCUCUUUAGAGAUAACAAAGCGUUGUCGGUGCUCAGAAACAGGUCGCAUACCGAGGUUGGAGUGGGAAUGGCAAGGUUGCAUAAAGGUACCUUCUUUUGGUGCCUUCUCUUUAGCGAUGGUGUGACAAACUCCUCCUUUGCUCUGGAAGAUAACGGCCGGGGCAUCAAACAAAGAAAAGGCUGCUACAGCGGAAGUGCUUUUCCUUGCAGCAGCAAUGCAUACAUGAUGUGUAUGCGCCUACUGAACAGCUUUCUGGGACUUCUCUUCUCUUCCUUCUGUCUAUUCGAGAAACACCUUAAGUCUUGAUUCUGAAAGGCAAACCAUUUACUUGUUGUUUGUAAAGACUAAAGAAUAGAUGGCACAUUUUGUU